UACCAAAAACUCAGCUCUCCACGGUCAUCUUGCUGGGCAACCCGAAUAGAGGCAAUUUGUUCUUUGAUAUUCACUGAGAGAUCAGUUCAAGAAUCAUCGAAGGAGUAAAAAUGAAACGUCGUCUGGCGUUCGAACACAAUUUUGUCCGAAGCAACAAGGAGAGCGCACGUCGAAAAGCUCAUGAUACCGGUGCGUCUAGUUCCUCCGCCACUUCAGCGGGCAGUGAUAAUUACGAUGUGUUUUUGAGUUUCAGCGGCGAGGAUACUCGCAGAACCUUAGCAGAUCACCUCUACAACGGUCUCGUCGAUGCUGGAAUCCGCGUGUUCAGAGACAACGAUGAGCUUCGCGAAGGUGAGGAGAUCGGCACCAAUCUUCUCCAGGCCAUUAAGAACAGUAAGAUCUCAAUCCCGAUUCUCUCUCGGAACUACGCUUCGAGCAAAUGGUGCCUUCAGGAGCUCGCCCACAUGGCAGACUGCAUGAAGAGCGUCGGGCACGUUGUGUUGCCCGUAUUUUACCGGGUUGAACCGGCCCAUGUGCGACACCAAAUAGGGAGCUUUGGAGAGACGUUCUCCCAUUUAAGUGAGAAGUAUUUGGAAGAAGAUGUUGCGAAAUGGAAACAAGCACUCAAAGAAGUGGCUUCCCUAAAGGGAUGGGAGUCGGAAAAAACUACUGACGGUUACGAAGGAGAAUUGGUGAAAAUGGUCGUCAGAAAAGUAUUGGGCGAGUUAAAGAAGGCCUUUCAGCUGGUUGUUACCGAACAACUUGUCGGAAUCGAUAAUGCUGUGGAGGAUAUUUUGAGAUUGCUGGAUGAUAACCCUAGUGCUACCCAAAUUGUCGGUAUUCAUGGAAUGGGGGGCAUUGGUAAGACAACUUUAGCCAAGGUCGUCUACAAUAAGCUCUCCGACAAGUUUCAGCAUCGUAGUUUCAUUGCAGAUAUUCGAGAAUCCUCGCGGCGCAAGGGCAUUUCAUGUUUGCAGAAUCAAUUAAUAUUUGAUAUACUGAAAAUGAACGAUCAAGUGUCUAAUACGGAUGAAGGAAUUAGGAUCAUGGAAUCCAGAUUUAAAUGUAAGAAAGUGUUAAUUCUUCUAGAUGACGUGGAUCUUAAUGAUCAGCUCAAAGCUUUGGUUGGGAAACGUGACUGGUUUGAGAUGGGAAGUAGGAUAAUCAUUACAACAAGAAUAAGGUCCGUCCUUGAUGAAGCUGGGGUGAACUGCAAGUACGAACUCAAGGAAAUUGCUGAGGAUAAGUCCCUGAUCUUGUUUAGUAGACAUGCCUUUAUGAGGGACUCUCCUCCGUGUGAAUUUGAGUCUCUCUCUCGUGCUGUCGUGUCCACUACCGGAGGGCUUCCCUUAGCUCUCGAGGUUAUAGGUUCGUUUCUAUGUGGGCGAAACCCAGCAUUUUGGCAAGAUGCGUUAAUGAAGUUAAAGGAAGUACCACAUAGGAAAGUGCAAGAGAAGUUGAGGAUAAGUUAUGACGAAUUAAACUAUCAGGAAAAGCAGAUUUUUUUGGAUAUUGCUUGUUUCUUCAUUGGACAUUACUCUGAUUUUGUGUCCUACAUGUGGGAUGCUUGUAAUUUUCUUCCAAGGAUGGGGAUCGAAAUAUUGUGUUUUAUGUCUCUAAUAAAAAUUGAUUAUGGAAAGUUGAAAAUGCAUGACCAACUGAGAGACCUUGGUAGGGAAAUUGUUCGUCAAGAAGAUUACGAUGCGCCUAUGAACCGAAGUAGGCUGUGGGUUCCUGAGGAAGCCUUGGAAGUACUUCAGGGAAAUAAGGGAAUUCUGAAAGAUCGCGUAAAGGCCCUUUGUCUCCACCAUGACUUCUCGCGGAGGGAAUUCACAACCGAGCAAUUUGAGACACUACCGAACUUAAGGUUCCUUGAAGUGCAUAAUGCAAAACUGAUUGGAGAUUCCAAAGGCUUGCUUCCUAAGUUACGAAGGCUUAAGUGGAAGGGAUGUCCUGCAUUCGUGCCCGCUAGAUUUUGUCUGGAGAAAUUAGUCCACCUUGAUUUAUCAGAAAGUGACAUUUCAGAGUUUUGGGAAGGUUGGAUUCAUCUCAAGGUGGCAAAGCGGUUGAAAUCUCUUAUUCUUCGAGAUUGCCAUCGUUUAGAAGUUACUCCUAAUCUCUCAGCCUUCCGAAAUCUAAAGCGGUUAGUGUUCGAAGGUUGA